AUUUUUUCGCAAUGAAACGCGUCUAGCAAAGGACCCACUCCUACAAACGGAGUAUAAUAGGGUACUGUCCGAGUACGAAACUUUAGGACAUAUGACGCGAAUUUCCAGCCAUAUUCAAGCUGAUGAGUGUGAAAAUUAUUUUUUACCUCAUCAUGCCGUCCGGAAGGAAGAGAGCACCACCACCAAAGUACGGGUGGUGUUCAAUGCGUCGUGUCCGACAGCUAAUGGGGUGAGUCUCAAUGAUGUGCUUCAUCCUGGUCCAGUACUGCAAAAUGACCUCACCAUCUUAAUACUUCGGUGGAGAUUUUAUAAAUAUGUUUUUAAUAGCGACAUCGAAAAGAUGUAUCGCCAAAUUUUACUUAAUCCUACCGAUACCAAGUAUCAACGCAUAGUUUUCCGCACAAGCCCAACAGAACCAAUUAGUCUUCUUGAACUUAAUACGGUAACUUUCGGGGUCAAUUGCGCCCCUUACCUCGCUAUUAGAACCCUGCUCCAAUUAGCUGACGAUGUAGACCAGUCACACCCCAUGGCGUCGGACAUAUUAAGAAAUUACAUGUAUGUUGACGAUGUUUUAGCUGGCGGUCACACCAUCGAAUCCGCUAUCAAAGCAAAAACCGAAAUAACAAUUGCACUGCAGUCUGCUGGGUUCCCCUUGAGGAAAUGGACGUCCAAUUGCAAUGAAAUAUUAAAGGGAAUACCAAAAUCCCAUCUACAGAAAGAAGACUUCUUGGACUUUGAAGACACCAGCACAGUCAAAGCUUUGGGUAUCAGGUGGAAUGCCCACUCUGACAAUUUUUACUUUACAGCCAAGCCAAUAGAGGAACAGGUUAGCUAUACUAAAAGGCAAAUACUAUCGGCUAUUGCCAAAUUAUUCGGCCCUCUAGGAUGGCUUGCACCAGUGGUAAUUACAGCGAAAAUUUUAAUGCAGAAUAUAUGGUUGGAAGGAACAGGGUGGGAUGAAACCGUGUCACCUACGACCCUAGAUCGCUGGAAAAAUUUUAGGGAAAGCUACAGCAGUAUCGAAAGAAUUCGUAUUCCGCGUUCGGUACACUUUUGCCCUGUGGCCAAGAUCGAAAUUCACGGAUUUUGUGACGCCUCAGAGAAGGCAUACGCAGCAUCUAUUUACUUGCGUGUCGAAAUAAACAGCAAAGUAUUCAUCAACCUGCUACUAUCAAAAACUAGGGUAGCAACAGUUAAAACGAUUUCCCUACCACGCCUAGAACUCUGUGGAGCGGUCCUACUGGCUGAAACUUUGGAAUCGAUUUCGGAUAAUCUGAACUUAGCCCAUCUUACAACUCAGAUGUGGACGGAUUCGACCAUCGUGCUCCCUGGAUACGCAAGCCUCCAUGCUCAUGGUCAACAUUUGUAGCCCAUCGAGUGACAAAAAUAAUUGAGAAGGUGGGAAGAGAAAACUGGCGUCAUGUGGACUCAACGUC